UGAAUAAUUUUUCAAACUUCUCAUCAGUAAGCUACAAUGCGAAAAAGAAGUAAUUUAAAUCUAUGGUUCCAUGCCUCAAACACUAACCUAAAAUGGCUGGAAGAAUAUAAGGUAUUCAAUUAAACAAAAAUUUGGUUAAUUAAGUAUUAAAUUCAGAAUGGAUCUUCAAGAAUUACUAAUGAGCACAUGUGAAAAUAACAAACCUGCAGCUAUCAAUUUGUGGGACUAUCAAACAACGAAUUCUGUAUUCCAAUAUAAAAGUGGAGGUCCUAUUAGUAAACACAUGGUGGCUCAAUUACAAAAUGAUUAUAUUGUUGGAGCCAACCGAGAAGAACCAAAGUUGUACCUAUGGCAGAUGAAUAGUCAUGAGCCAUUGAAAAAUUUUCGCCUGAUUUUACCAGAAGUUGCAUCUUGCUUGAGUGUAUGCCCUCAUGGAAUUUAUUUGGCUGUAGGGAUCAAGACUUACUUGUAUAUUUGGCAAUUAGCAUCUGGAAAACUUCUCACUAUACAGAGACGAAAUAUGCGUAAAAUAACAGUGGUGAAAUUUUCAGGAAAUGGCAGUUUGUUAAUAGUAGCAGAUGAAGGUGGCAUAUUAUCAACUUACAAAUUAGUGCGCUUAGUGAGCUUACAUAAAAAUGAUCUAUCACAUAGAGAAGUUGGCCAAACUGAACCUGUUUAUUCAAGAUCAGAUCAUACAGAGGCCAUUACAGAUAUACAUGUGGGAUGUUUUGCUUUACGUUCUAAAAUUGCUACUUGUUCUUUGGACCAAACUGUUAAAAUUUAUAACUUAUUGACUGGGAGUUUAAUACAAAACAUUAUUACAGAAAAUUCAGUAUAUUCUUUCAUUACUGAUUGCUCCUUUUUGAAUGCUUACAUAGGAUGUUCAAAUGGUGUUUUGCUAACUUGCAAUAUAACAGAUAACAAUUACCAAAUAAAUUCUGAAGAAAUCCAGACCAAGAAACUCUCAUUUCAACAGCACACCAAAGCAGUCAAGUGUUUAUGUUUAAAUCAAAGAGGAAAUAUUUUGGCGUCAGGGGGAGAUGAUGGAAUUAUUAUUCUUUGGAAUACCAAGAGUGCCUGUAAAGUGAUAACAUCUAUAAAAAUGAACUCUCCCAUAACUAACUUGAAAUUUAUUUUAAAUCAUCAGAAUAUUCUGUGCCAAAAUUUUCAAGUAGACACAGCCAUUAUGGAUUUAGAGAUGGAUUUCAAUUUGAGCCAUACUAAUUUUGGAAUAACAGUGUUAAGGAAUUCCCCUAUUGAAUGUUUCAAAAGGAAAAGAAACUCUGUUGAAAAGGAACUGGAAUUAGAGAGAUUAGAGAAGGAAAAUAUGAGUUUAAGGGCAAUGAAUCAGCAAAUGUACAAAUUUACACAGGAACUUUUAAAAAAUAAAAUUGAUAAAAACUAAA